AUGACCACUCGAGACAUCACUACCCAAGUUGAAGCGCCUGCUGAGACUGCUAUCCAGCGACUCAAACAAAGAGAGGACGUAGCCCAUGACCCUGCACAAGAUCUCGGUCCAGACUCUGAUAUCAUCAGUUCGCAUGCUCGUGAAAGAACUCAAGAUUCCACCAAAGAAUUCAUGGCCAGUAUCUGGCAAGUGAAGGAAAGCCGAGCGAAAACAGCAUAUCCCACUGUCUCGUUCAAGUUUUGGCACCAACCGGACAACGCAAGCAUCAAGACUGAGUGCGCCGCAAUCACCGAGCUCAACACCCUCUCCGACGUCCCUACCGAAGACUUCUAG